AUGGAAACCGAUAAGCUCAUCAUGCCGGCAAACGACGGCGAAAAGACCAAAGUCCAGCUCACCGGGACUCAAGGUACGCUUCUUGCGACGCUGUAUGCGCGCUAUCUCGAUUUGAAGUCGGAUUACUCAGUGUUUGGCGACCGCUGGGCCGCUCAUGUCGUCGAUCAGAUUGAUUGGGACUGGAGCCAAUUCAACUUCAGCGGCAUGUUUCCCUACCUGAUCUCGAUGCGCGGGCGCCAGAUUGACGCCUACACGCUGCGGUUCCUGGAGAAGCACAAGGAGACCGGCGCGACCGUAGUUCACAUGGCAUGCGGUCUGGACGGGCGCGUCCACAGGAUAGUCGACCACUACGGCGGAGAGCUCCCGCCGCGCGUGGUCUGGAUCGAGGCUGACUUCCCCGAGGUCAUGGAGCUGCGCAAAAAGCUGCUCCCCCAAGCCCGCGUAUCCCAGGACGGUGGCGAGUACAGGCAGGACUGCUCUUCAGUCUUGGAACCCGAGUGGAUCGCCUCGCUGCCCACUGACAAGCCAGUGCUGCUCAUAGCCGAGGGUCUGGCGUUCUACCUCGAGCCGCAGGUGGGAAAGAAGAUGUUCCGAGACCUGACGGAGAGCCUGCGACACGCGCCGGGCGGAGGCGAAAUCGUGCUCGACUGCAUUGGCACCAACAUUGUUCGAUGGCAGAGCUGGAUUGCGGCUAUCCAAGCCGUCAAGGCCGAGUUUAGCUGGGGAAUCGACCGCGGCUACGAGGUCGAAUCUUCUCACCCGUCGCUUCACUUGCUCGAAGACAUCAUAUAUGCCAAUCUCCCCGGGUUUGAAGAGAUGGACUGGUGGAACAAGUUUCUGCUGUGGACCACUCGAGGCCCGACCCCGACGUUUGGUCGCCUUUUGAGGCUGGAGUUUGGUGAUGGUUUGAGGCCUAAAUUGUGA